AUGCUGGCACCAUCAAGGUCGCGGGGAAAUAGCUUGCUCGGCCGUACCUUGUCCAAGUCUAAAAAAGUUGUUCCCGAACUGUCACGACAAUUCACCACCAAAAGGCAGAAUUCCGAAAAAAGAGAAAAACUUUUAGCAAUCGAACCCAGUGCUACAGAAAGAAGAGCGGUGAGCGCCGAACGGCGACCUCGAGCAAUGAGUCCCGGACACUGUCAUUCUCCAUCAUCAUCUCGCUCAGCCCCAGAUAUCAGUACCCCAGGACAUAUGCGUUUGCCAUUUGCCGACACUCAUGCAGAGGGUUACUUUGAUACUAGGCCUCUCCCGUUUGGGGACGGCCAGCAUGACCACCUAUUCAAUCCUCCUCCCCAGAACAAUCCGCCUUUGUUAGAGGCGGCUGGCGAAGCUACCUUUCUGGACGACCAUGAGCUGCAAGCAGAGCUCGAAUCGACGUGGAUCCUCAACUUGAGUAUGCACUUUCGAGAUAAAUCUGAUCGUGAGAAGUUCUUUGUUACCUACGCCCAACAACCAAACCGCUGGUGCAGGGUGACUGUGUCUUGUGACUACAGAGACGCCCCUCCAUCAUCUCUCGAAUCAGAUCUCAAAUCUCUCAAGUUCCAACGAGACAAGAAUCAACGUAUAUAUGAAGCUAUCAGAGAGUCUUUACCCGAUAUCGAGUUCUACGACACAGUUACAAAUCUGAAGCUCGAGACAGAAGACGGACAGCUGCAUGUCCAUGUUACCGAAGACAUUAACGAGGUCAUCACAUAUCCAUCAGUGGACUUUGCACAAGAAGGCUGUCGUAUGUAUCGUGAGAGCGAGCUCGAUUUCCAAUCACACAUCUCCGGUUUCGUCUACAAGGUCAGAGUCGGCAAUCAGGUCUUAAUUAAGAAAGAGAUUCCAGGCCCAGAUACAAUUGAUGAGUUCUUAUAUGAGAUUGAGGUGCUCAAUGAACUUCGCGGUUCGAACGGCGUGAUUGAAUUUCAUGGUUUGGUGGUCGAUGAUGAGGAAAGGGUUAUCAAAGGGUUACUGAUAUCUUUUGCAUCACUUGGUGCUCUGGUCGAUGUCAUCUAUGAUGACAAGUUGAGCAGUUCGUUGCCGUGGCAUCGCCGACAAAAAUGGGCUUAUCAAAUCGCUCAAGGUCUUUCUGAGAUCCACGAAGCUGGGUUUGUCCAAGGCGACUUUACAUUGUCCAACAUCGUCAUCAACUCUGAAGACGACGCCAAGAUUAUUGACAUUAAUCGUCGUGGCUGUCCGAUCGGUUGGGAACCUCCAGAGCUUCUUCGUCUUGUUCGAAGGGGGCAGAAGGUUAGCAUGUUUAUCAAUGUGAAGAGUGACAUAUUUCAGCUGGGAAUGGUUCUUUGGGCUUUGGCGGAGCAAGACGAUGAGCCUGAGCAUGUCACAAGAACUAGCUCCGGAGGAAUGCCUCGCAUAACAGCACAGGAUGUGCCGAACUGGUUCGAAGACAUCAUUGAUGCAUGCUUGAGCAAUCAGCCUAGAGAUCGGCCGAGUGCAAAAGAGCUGCUAUCGAUGUUCCCG